AUGUUAUCUCAUGAAAUCGUCAUUCUAUGGUUGGAUACUCAUAUUGGUGUUCCUGGCAGUUAUGUUCAUCUCAAAGAAGCUUUUUCUACUACUAUUGAUCCAACAUAUCCGUAUCCGAUAAGUCUAUAUGAUCGAGAUUCUAUUACACUUAACUUGAAUAAAACAGAUUCAAAACGCCAAAAUCAAUUUCAAGGUCCUUGUGAAUUGCAAUUCUUUACUGAUGAAGAACAAUGUUUGAAAUCUAUAAAUAAAUGUUUCGAUACAAAUAAACAAAUAUUUUUAAUUCUGCCUGAUUAUGUUCGAAAAGAUUUUUUUUUACGUAUUUAUAAUCAACAUCCGAAAGAAUUUCAAAAGACUGAAAAUGAAAUAUCAAUAAAAUUUUAUAUAUUUAUCUUUAUGCUUGAAAUCGAAGAAUGGUUUUUUGAUUAUGAAGACUAUCUUCGAAUUUAUUAUCAUGAAGCCGAACUUUUGUAUGCAUUAACACGAGAUAUAGCAAUGUAUUAUAUGAUGAUUGGUAAAAAAUUAUGUAAUGAAAAUACACUUAACAAUAUUCAGCAAGCACUAAUUUAUUUUCAAUGGGCUUACACACUUAUUCUUCGUGGAAAUUCUAUUUCACCUUAUAAAGAAAUUGAACUUCAAAAUUCUUUAAAAGCAAUGAUUUAUGGAAGUAAAAAAACAAUUCAUUCUAUGGAAAAGGAAAAUUAUUUGCAAUAUGAUUCAAUAAAUAAUUUAAACGAAAAUAUUUUUAUUUAUUCCUUAACAGAACUUAACGAUCAAGCAUUAAAAUUAGCGACAAUCGUCAAUCAAAUAAUAAAUAAAAAUCCAUUGUUAUUCAAUAAUUUAGAAGAUUUUUUUUUAAGUGUACAAUUAGAAAGAUACAAGAAUCAACAUAAUUGUCCGAUAAUAAUAGUUUCAAAUAUCGAUCAUCAAACAAAUAUUUUUGAGGAAUUAUCAUCAAUACGAUCAAUCGAACAUAUUUAUGUAUUAGAUUUAAGUGUACAUAAACUAAUUGAACAGAACACUUAUCGAACACUAUUGAAAAAAUUUUCGAAAAUUCAAAAUAUUUAUGCAAAUAUGAAUUCACUUGUACGCGGAUGGAUACUGGAACAUUCAACAAGAUGUGAAAAAAUUGCAGACUAUUUCAAAGAAAAUGGUGAUAUGAAUCAGGCACGAUUAACUAAUUCGGCAUCCAAUAUGAAUUAUAUAUCAUUAUUGAUUUUACUUGGUCCGCCCAAUAUAUUGGAAGAUUUUCAUCAAAGAGAUUUUCUUCAUCGAAAAUUUUUUAUUCACUAUUUUUCACGUGAUAAGUGUACGGCUGAACUUCAAAAGUAUCAAAAUGUUUUAGAAAUGGAUAUAUUUUUACCACAUUCCUCAAUUGAUCUUAUUUCUACUUAUCGAAAUUUCUUAUGUCCACGAAUAUCUUUCUAUGUUUAUUGUCAAACAGAACAAAUUUUAACAGAGUAUCAACAAAUGCCAAUAUGGAGUAGAUAUGAUUUAGUUUUCAAUAUGAAUAUGCUUCGCGAGGAACUAGAACGAAGAGCACAGAAACAUCUUCUAAUUUACAUUGAAGAUUUGGAAAAACGCAAGCAAGCAGGAGAUGCAGAUGCUGCUGAUCUAUUGGUUCCAAUUGGAGAGAUAUUUGAAGAAAAUGCAAGAAGAAUCAAUGAAGAAAUUCGGCAAAAAUCCUGUCUGAGUGAAAUAGCCACUGAAUAUGAAGAAGGAUAA